GUGGGUGUCCUGUCCUGUGGGAUUUGGGGUCCUGUCCUGUGGGAUUUGGGGUCCUGUGCCGCUGGGUUUGGGGAUCCUGUCCCCUUGGAUUUGGGGAUCGUGUCCUAUGGGAUUGGGGGACUUGUCCCGCUGGAUUUGGGGAUCCUGUCCUGUGAGAUUUGGGAUCCUGUCCUAUAGGAUUUGGGAUCCCAUCCCCUUGGAUUUUGGGACCUGUCCUGUGGGAUUUGGGGACUUGUGCCAUUGGAUUUGGGGAUCCUGUCCUGUGAGAUUGGGGGACUUGUCCUGCUGGAUUUGGGGAUCCUGUCCCACUGGAUUUGGGGUCCUGUCCUAUGGGAUUUAGGAUCCUGUCCCACUGGAUUUGGGGAUCCUUUCCCCUUGGAUUUGGGGACCUGUCCCAUUGGAUUUAGGGUCCUGUCCCCUUGAUUUGGUUUCCUGUGGGAUUUGGGAUCCUGUCUUGUGGGAUUUGGGAUCCUGUCCUAUGGGAUUUGGGAUCCCAUCCCCUUGGAUUUGGGGAUCCUGUCCUAUGGGAUUGGGGGACUUGUCCUGCUGGAUUGGGGGAUCCUGUCCCCUUGGAUUUGGGGUCUUGUCCCUUUGGGUUUGGUGUCCUAUGGGAUUUGGAGACCUGUCCUGUGGGAUUUGGGGACCUGUCCCACUGGAUUUGGGGAUCCUGUCCUGUGGGAUUUGGGAUCCUGUCCCACUGGAUUUGGGGAUCCUUUCCCCUUGGAUUUUGGGACCUGUCCCAUUGGAUUUAGGGUCCUGUGCCCUUGAUUUGGUUUCCUGUGGGAUUUGGGAUCCUGUCCUGUGGGAUUUGGGGAUGGAUCCCACUGGAGUUGGGGUCCUGUCCUGUUGGACUUGAGGGUCUGCCCCAUGGAUUUGGGGGUCUCUCACUGAAUUUUUGGGGGAUUUCCCCUUUGGAUUUGGGGUCUUACAUUGAAUUUUGGGGGUUUGCCCCUCUGGAUUUGGGGGCCUGCCCCAUUGGAUUUGGGGGUCUUUAAUUGAAUUUUGGACAUCUGUCUUGUUGGAUUUGGGGGUCUUUUACUGAAUUUUUGGGAUCUGCCUGGUUGAAUUUGGGGCCUGUCCCAUUGGAUUUGGGGGUCUUAAUGAAUUUGGGGGUCUCUCAUAGGAUUUGGGGUCUGCCCCAUUGGAUUUGGGUGUUUCUCAUUGGAUUUGGGGUCUGUCUCGUUGGAUUUGGGGGUCUGCCCCAUUGGAUUUGGGGGUGUCACAGAAUUUUGGGGGUUUUCCAUGUUGGAUUUGGGGUUUUCUCCUAGGAUUUGGGGGUCUGCCCGGUUGGAUUUGGGGGUCUCUCACUGAAUUUUGGGGGUCUGUCCCAUUGGAUUUGGGGUCUGCCCCAUAGGAUUUGGGGUUUUCUCCUAGGAUUUGGGGACUGCCCCAUUGGAUUUGGGUAUUUCUCAUAGGAUUUGGGGUCUGCCCCAUUGGAUUUGGGUAUUUCUCAUAGGAUUUGGGGUCUGCCCCAUUGGAUUUGGGGUUUUCUCCUAGGAUUUGGGGUCUGCCCCAUUGGAUUUGGGGGUCUCUCAUAGGAUUUGGGGGUCUGCCCCAUUGGAUUUGGGGUCUGCCCCAUUGGAUUUGGGGUUUUCUCCUGGGAUUUGGGGUCUGCCCCAUUGGAUUUGGGGGUCUCUCAUAGGAUUUGGGGGUCUGCCCCAUUGGAUUUGGGGUCUGCCCCAUUGGAUUUGGGGUUUUCUCCUGGGAUUUGGGGCCUGCCCCGCUGGGGAGCCCCCGCUGAGGCUCGGUGGCAGGGAGGGGACACAGGAGGAGCUGGGGGUGGCUGCUGCUGUGACAGCUGCCCCGUGAUUCCCAGGAGCUGAUUCCCAGGAGCUGAUUCCCAGGAGCUGAUUCACAGGAGCUGAUUCCCAGCUCCCUCUCCCUCCCGGCGUAGCUGGAAUUCCUCUUUGGGGCCCUCUCCCUGCAGUGCCUCUCCUGCCCCUCUCAGCUGCCAGCUCCCAAAAUCCUGCUGCUCCCGGCGUUCCUCAGACAGCUCCUUGGGUUUUCACCUUCCUUGGAAGUCUCUGGAAAAACCCUGGAGAUGUGGGGCUGAUCCAGAGGGGUUGUGGGCAGAAAUCCCCUGGUUUGGGGAAUCCUUUAGUUUGGGAUGUUUGAGAAGCACCAAGGAAAACUGGGGCUGUGGGGGAGAAGCAGGAAUGAUUGUGUCCAUCAGGAAUGUGCUCCUUGGAUUUUCAUCUUCCUUGGAAUUCUCUGGAAAAAGCCUGGAGGUGUGGGGCUGAUCCAGAGGGGCUGUGGGCAGAAAUGCCCAGGUUUUGGGGAAUCCUUUGGCUUGGGAUGUUUGAGGAGCACCCGAGUGGGGCUCGGGGGAGAAGCAGGAAUGAUUGUGUCCAUCAGGAAUGUGCUGGGAAGGAGCAGGGAUGAAGGAUUGUUCUGGAAGGGGCUGCUCUGCACGGCCUGUUCCGUGCCCUUGGCAGCACUUGCUGCUCCUUUGGGAGGCACCAGGACGUUCUUGGAGCAGGAAAUGUCCUGGCACUGAUGCCCAGCUCCAUCCUUCCCACAGAGCUCUGGUUUGGGGUAAAAUGGGGCAUUAGCAGCAUUUUUGGGACCCCAUUCCUGUGGCAGGGACAGGGAUGUCAUUCCCACAUUCCGUGGGUGGCAGCAGGAGCAGGACACGCCUGAUGCCAGGGUGGGACAGGGGCACAGCCCCUGGCAGGGACAGGAGCCAUGGGACGGGGCUGGCUCUGCCCAGGGCGGCUCCGUGCCCGGGCUGGUUCUGCUGGUUGGACCAGCACGGCCCUGCCCGCUGUGCCAGGCUCUGCCCUGCCCUGGAACUCCUCUGGGAGUGACACUGGGAAUGCCAGGGCUCUGCAGGGAGCUGGGAGCUCAGCCCUGGCAUGGGCUGUUCCCUAAACAGUGCCCUGUGAUUGCUGGGUGGCAUUGGGAAUUCCAUUGGGAAUGCCAGGGCUCUGCAGGGAGCUGGGAGCUGAACCCCCUUCUCAUGGCCUGUUCACUAAACAGUGCCCUGUGAUUGCUGGUUGGCAUUGGGAAUUUUCUUGGGAAUGUCUCUCCAGGCUCUCAGCUCUGGCUCAGGAGCUGGAAGCUGAAUCCUCUCAUGGCCUGUUCACUAAACAGUGCCCUCUGAUUGCUGGUUGGCAUUGGGAAUUCCAUUGGGAAUGCCAGGGCUCUGCAGGGAGCUCAGCCCUGGCAUGGCCUCUUCCCUAAACAGUGCCCUGUGAUUGCUGGUUGGCAUUGGGAAUUCCAUUGGGAAUGUCUCUCCAGGCUCUCAGGAGCUGGAAGCUCAGCCCUGGCAUGGCCUGUUCCCUAAACAGUGCCCUGUGAUUGCUGGGUGGCACUGGGAAUUUCAUUGGGAAUGCCAGGGCUCUCUGCAGGCUCUUGGGAGCUGGGAGCUGAACCCUGGCAUGGCCUCUUCUCUAAAUGGUGCCCUUUCAGUGCUGGGAAUUCCAUUGGGAAUCUCUCUCCAGGCUUUCAGGAGCUGGGAGCUGAGCCCUCUCAUGGCCUGUUCCCUAAACAGUGCCCUUUGGUUACUGGUUGGCACUGGGAAUUUCAUUGGGAAUGUCUCUCCAGGCUCUCUUCAGGCUCUCAACUCUGUCUUAGGAGCUGGAAGUUCAGCCCUGGCAUGGCCUCUUCCCUAAACGGUGCCCUCGGAUUGUUGGUUGGCAUUGGGAAUUUUAUUGGGAAUAUCACUGGGAAUGUCAGGGCUCUUUGCAGGCUCUCAGCUCUGGUCAGGAGCUGGAAGCUCAGCCCUGGCAUGGCCUCUUCUCUAAAUGGUGUCCUUUGAUUGCUGGUUGGCAUUGGGAAUUUCAUUGGGAAUGUCUCUCCAGGCUCUCAGCUCUGGCUCAGGAGCUGGAAGUUCAGCCCUGGCAUGGCCUCUUCACUAAACAGUGCCCUGUGAUUGCUGGUUGGCAUUGGGAAUUUCAUUUGGAAUGUCAGGGCUCUCUGCAGGCUCUCAGGAGCUGGGAGCUCAGCCCUGUGGCCUGGGCAGUGCCCUUGGCUCACAGCUGGUGUUGGGAAUGUCAGGGCUCUCUGCGGGCUCUCAGGAGCUGGGAGCUCAGCCCUGUGGCCUGGGCAAUGCCCUUGGCUCACAGCUGGUAUAGGAAUGUCAGGGCUCUCUCCAGGCCCUCUCCAGGCUCUCUUGGGCCUGGCUGGGGAGCUGGAAGCUCUCCUUGCCUUAAUGAACUGUUGUUCUCCCUGUUCAGCUCCAGCUGCCCCCGCUGCUGCUCCCAUCCCUGCUCCAGGUACUCCUGUAACCCCUCGUGUGCCACAUUAACCAGCGUGUGCCAUUCUGGGGGUUGCACUCCAUUAACCCUAACAGCUCCCAGGGCACUGGGGGGCACUGGGGGGCCUGGCCCCACCACCCCCAUGUCACUGUGCCCUCAGGCCAUCUGCCCAAGUCACCCACAGCUGAGGGAGGGGGCUCCAGGGCACUCCAGGAGUAAUUCCACAUGCCAGUGGGUUUUAUUUGACUUCUUUUUGGGUGGGUGUUUGUUCCCCCUUGCUCCCUGCAGCUCAGGGGGGUGACCCCAGGCUCGUGAGCAGCCCUGGGUGUCCUGCCAGACUUGUGGGGCUCCAGGGGGGUUGUGACAGCCCCUUUGGUAGGGCAGAGCUGGAUCCCUGCAUCCCUGGCCUGCUGGGGCUUCCUGCUGCUUCAGGGAGUGCCUCCUGCCGUGCAGGGCUCUCAGGAAAAUGGUGUUCUAGAAGGGCAUGAGCAUCCUGCUCCGUGCCAACCCUGGCAGUGCCUGCUGGGCCAGAAGCCAGGCACAGAGACCAGAGGAAUGCCAGGGCUGGCCUCGUGCCCCCUCCCUGUGUCUCCUCCUCUCAUGGCUCGCUCUGUUUCUCUCCUUUAGCUGUUCUUCAUGCUGCUCAUUCCCCACCUCUGCCUCCAUCUCCAUCCGCCCAGGCACAGCUGCCCAGCGCUGCCCCGGCUCUGCCAGGCCCCCCGGGCCCCGUGUCCCCCCCCGUGGUCCCGGCUGCAGCCAUCCCCGUGUUCUCCGUGCCCCCCCAGCCCCCUGUCCCCCCUCUGCUGGCCCCAGCCACCGCUGCCCCUCCUCCAGCUCCGCAGGGCUUUGCAGCCCCAGGAUCUCCAGGGCCUGCCCCAGUUAGCCCAGUGUCCCCAGGAUUCCCAGCUCCAGUGUCACCUGGCCUGGCUGCUGCUGCUGCUGCUGCAGUGACAGUGGCUCCUCUUGUCCCCCCAGUGAGCCCCAGUUCUCUCCCAGCUGCUCUCACCUCUCCCAUGAAAACUGCUGCCACUGUGGGAGCAGCCCCAGCUCCUUUCCCUGCCUCUGGAGCACCCCCAGCCCCUCUCCCUGCCUCUGGAGCACCCCCUGCCCCUCUCCCUGUCUCUGGAGCACCCCCAGCCCCUCUCCCUGCCUCUGGAGCACCCCCAGCCCCUCUCCCUGUCUCUGGAGCACCCCCAGCCCCUCUCCCUGCCUCUGGAGCACCCCCAGCCCCUCUCCCUGCCUCUGGAGCACCCCCAGCCCCUCUCCCUGUCUCUGGAGCACCCCCAGCCCCUCUCCUCCCUCCCCCAUCCCGUCCCCUUCUGGCAUCUCCCCCAGCAGUGCCCCCCAGUUUGCUGCCUGCUCCCACGGUGGCAGUGACCCCCCAGAGUCCAGGGUCACCCCCACUUCCCCCAGUGUCUCCUGGAAGUCCUGCUGCUCCAGGCUCUCCCCGAGCCCCAGCUGCAGCCCUGGUCGGUGCCAUCUCCCCCCCUGUGUUCCUGGCUGCCCCCAAAGCUCCCCUGUCACCCCCUAUCCCUCUGCUGGCAGCUGGCAUGUCCCCUGGGCAUCCUGCUGCUGGCCCAGCCCCUGGUGCCCCAGUCUCACCACUGCUCCCAGUUGCUCCUUCUGUGUCCAAGGCCUGUCCCGUGGGUCCCCCGGCUGUGGGACACCCCGUCCCUCCCUCGGUGACAAGGACCCCCCCUGGGAGCCCGGCCCCUCGGGCAGCAGGAGCUCCAGUGCCUCCUGCCCUGCCCACACCUGCCCUGGCAGCUGCCAUCCCUGUCCCAGGGUCUCCAGCCAGCCCUGGGCUCCCAGCAGCAGCUCCUGUGCCUGCUGUCCCCUCUGCCAGCUGUCCCCCUGUCACUCUGGCCACUGCAGCCACCCCUCCUGCUGCCAGAGCAGCUCCUCCAAGUCCAGCUGCUGCCCCUGUCACACCAGCCACGGCAGCUCCAGCCACCCCUCCUGUGGCUAAAACAUCUCCUGGGAGCCCGGUCACUGCCCCAGCUGCCCCGUCUGUCCCUGUCACACCACCCAUGACACCUGUGGCCACCCCUCCUGUGGCUAAAACAUCUCCUGCUGUCCCUGUCACACCAGCCAUGGCACCUGUGGCCACCCCUCCUGCUGCCAAAGCAGCUCCUGGGAGCCCGGUCACUGCCCCCUGUGCCCCUGUCAUGCCACCCAUGACACCUGUGGCCACCCCUCCUGCUGCCAAAGCAGCUCCCCCGAGUUCAGCCGCUGUCCCCUGUGCCCCUGUCACACCGGCCACGGCAGCUCCACCCUCUCCAGCUGCCCCUCCCUCAGCCAAAGAUGCUGCCCAGGGCUCUGGUGCUGCCUCAGCUGCCACUGCAGCUCCUCCCAGCCCAGCUCCAGCCACCCCACCUGCAGCCAAAAGUGCCCCCAAGAGCCCUGGUGCUGCCACCCCAUCCCCUGCCACCCCAUCCCCUGCCACCCCAUCCCCUGCCACCCCAGCUCCUGCCACCCCAGCUCCCGCAGCUCCACCAGCUCCAGCUGCCCCCCCAGCAGCCAAAACACCCCCAAAGAGCCCUGCCAAAGCCACCCCAGCCUCUCCUGAAGCCAAGACACCUCCAAAGAGCCCUGCCAAAGCCACCCCCACCGAGGACAAGGCCCCCCCAAAGAGCCCUGCCAAAGCCACCCCCACUGAGGACAAGGCCCCCCCAAAGAGCCCUGCCAAAGCCACCCCAGCUCCAGCUUCCCCUGGAGCAGCCAAAAAGUCUCCCCAAGGCAGCCCCGUCACUGCCCCAUCUGCUCCUGUGCCUCCAGCACCUUCAGCUGCCCCUGCUGAGGCCAAGGCACCCCCAAAGAGCCCUGACAAAGCCACCCCAAGCCCUGCUGAGGCCAAAACACCCCCAAAAAGCCCUGACAAAGCUGCCCCUGCUGAAGCCAAGGCACCCCCAAAAAGCCCUGACAAAGCUGCCCCUGUUGAGGCCAAAACACCCCCAAAGAGCCCUGCUACAGCCACCCCAGCUCCAGCUGAGGACAAAACACCCCCAAAAAGCCCUGACAAAGCCACCCCAACCCCUGCUGAGGUCAAGACACCCCCAAAGAGUCCUGCCAAAGUCACCCCAGCUCCAGCAGCCUCUCCUGAAGCCAAGGCACCCCCAAAGAGCCCUGCCAAGGGCACCCCACCCUCUCCUGAGGCUAAGACGCCCCCAAAAAGCCCUGUGAAAGCCACCCCAGCCUCUCCUGAGGCUAAGACACCCCCAAAAAGCCCUGCCAAAGCCACCCCAGCUCCAGCCACCCCUGCUGAGGCCAAAACCCCUCCAGCUCCUGCCCAGGUGCCUCCCAAGAGUCCUGCUAUGGCCACCCCAGCUCCCAGUGCCCCCCCAGCUGCAAAAACACCCCCAAAGAGCCCUGCCAAAGCCACCCCAGCUCCAGCAGCUCCUGCUGCAGCCAAAGGAGCCUCAAAAAGCCCUGCUGAGGCCAAGGCACCCCCAAAAAGCCCUGUCAAGGCCACUCCUCCUCCAGCCACCCCUGCUGAGGCCAAGGCACCCCCAAAAAGCCCUGUCAAGGCCACUCCUCCUCCAGCCACCCCUGCUGAGGCCAAAGCACCCCCAAAAAGCCCUGUCAAGGCUACUCCUCCUCCAGCCACCCCUGCUGAGGCCAAAGCACCCCCAAAAAGCCCUGCUGAGGCCAAGGCACCCCCAAAAAGCCCUGUCAAGGCCAGCCCAGCUCCAGCCACCCCUGCUGAGGCUAAAGCACCCCCAAAAAGCCCUGUCAAGGCCACUCCUCCUCCAGCCACCCCUGCUGCAGCCAAAGGAGCCUCAAAAAGCCCCUCUGAGGCCAAGGCACCCCCAAAGAGCCCUGUCAAGGCCACUCCAGCUCCAGCCACACCCCCAGCUCCUGCCCCAGCCACGGGUGCCCCCCCAAAACCCCCAACCCCUGCCAAGAAGCAGCAGCAGCAGCCCCUCCCCAAUAACAAGGUGGCCAAAGCAGCCACCCGGCCCCCCUCGAAAGCCGACGACGAGGACCUGCCACCUCUGCUCCCCCCCGAGCCACCCGUGCUGCUGGAGCUGUCCCCUGCCACGGGGGUCCCGGCCCCCCCGGCCCCACAGCCCGUCCUCAAGAAUGACAAGGGUAUUUGCAUCCUGCCCGUGUGCAUGGAGUGUCACUGGCUGCCCACGGGGUACUAACGGGCACGGUGCCAGCGGUCACUAACGCGUGUGCUCGGAGCACGGUGUGUGGGGGGUUUUUUUGUGGUGGUUUCUUUGUGGUUUGUGGCAUGGGCACUGCGAGAUGAGCUGGCUUCACACGAAGAUGCCACGUGCCCGGCGCUGCUGUGUGUGGUGGGGGAUGUGGGCAAGUGUUGGUGCCAAAUUGGGUUGUCCACGCUAUGCCUGGAGUGUUGGCACGCCCCGACACCUGCAGAGAGGUUUGCCAGGGCUCCUGUGUGCUGUGGGGGGAGUGAAUCCAGGUAACGGCUGCACGGCAGCACCAGGGUCACCUCCAGGUGAGGCUGGGGACACCCGGCUCUGCUUCAGUGACUGGUGUGGUCAGUGCUGUGACCAGCUGCAGCUGGUGGCACUCUGGGCACCCAGAGGUGCUGUCCCCUCAGGGGGGGUUGGGGUUAUCCCAGAUCAUCCCUGUGCAGCAGCCCUGGGGGCGCAGUGAGUGGGGUCUCAGUGCCAUGUGCCAGCUCUGGGUUUGAGGGGACUCAAGAAGGGCCCUGUCACACUGGGCUGCUGCCACCUCAGCACCCUGGGAAUGCCACCCACCUCCUCCUCGAGCUGGUGGCACAGCCUGGAGCUACCUCAGGAUUCAUUCUGGAGCCUCUGGGCACCUCUGGCACCCAGCUCCCACCACGACGAGGCUGAGGACCCACUCGUGCCACCCUGCUGAUGGCAUUCAGAGUGCAAGGAAUGCUCCAAGCACCACCUAACUGGGCUGACUGGUGGCUUCACUGGGAGCCAGCAGCAAACCAGCAGCCCUGGACCUGCCUGGGGUUGGAAGAGUGAGGGCUGUGUGUCU